AUGGAAAUAAAAAGAAUUUGUAUCGGAUCAGAUCAUGCCGGUUUUGGUCUAAAAUCAGAAUUGAUCAAAUACAUUAAGAAUGACCUAAAGUUGGAAAUUGAAGAUUGUGGCUCUGAAAACGCUAAUAGAUGCGAUUAUCCUGAUUUUUCUGUCAAGGUCUGCUAAAAAGUUUUAGAAAAUACUUAAGAAAAUUUAGGUAUCGUAGUAUGUGGAAGUGGUGUUGGUAUUUCAUUAGGAUGUAAUAAAGUCAAGGGUAUUAGAUGCGGUCUAUCUCAUGAUUACUACACUGCUAAAUAUUCUAAGGAAGUAUUAAAUUGUAAUAUUAUGUCAAUGGGAGAGCGCAUCAUAGGAUUAGACGUAGCAAAAUAGAUGGUUGACGUUUUUAUUAAAACAUAAUACAAGCCCACUGAAGAAUCUAAUACCUUCAUAUAAGAAUUGAAAAAAAUAGAAGAAGCUAAUCUCAACUUACAUUGA